CAUCAUCUCUUUUGUGGCGCUGCUGAGGGAACUGGCUGCCUAGAGCCGUGCAGGGUGCUCACUCCUUGCAGGCGCUCGCAGCGCCACCGCCUCUCCCGCACUGGCCGCCGCAGGGACGGCGACAGCCUCCGUUACAGGCGCAUCACUGCUUGUUGAAGCGGCACCAUGGCGCAAGCCGCUAAGCAGAUCCGCAAGAACAAGGACCUACAGGAGCUCGCUGCCCAAGAGCAGCGAGAGAAGGAGGAGGAGAAGAUCAAGAAGAGGAACCGAUCGAGAGACCGCAGACGCAAGGCGGACGCAACGACCAGUUUCCUCCGUGCUGCACGCUCAGGUAAUCUGGAAAAGGCUCUGGACCAUAUCAAGAAUGGAAUAGACAUCAACAUAGCCAAUCAGAAUGGGCUUAACGGGUUGCAUUUGGCCUCCAAAGAAGGACAUGUUAAGAUGGUGCUGGAGCUGCUGCACAAUGGCAUUGACCUGGAGACUACGACAAAGAAAGGGAAUACCGCCCUUCAUAUUGCUGCUCUGGCCGGUCAAGAGAAAGUGGUUGCAGAACUGAUCAAUUAUGGUGCCAACGUUAAUGCCCAGUCUCAGAAAGGUUUCAGUCCUCUUUACAUGGCAGCACAGGAGAACCACUUGGAAGUGGUGAAAUAUCUACUUGAACAUGGAGCCAAUCAGAGCCUUCCAACUGAGGACGGCUUUACUCCUUUAGCAGUAGCUCUUCAACAGGGUCAUGAAAACGUGGUGGCGCUCCUGAUAAACUAUGGCACCAAGGGAAAAGUGCGUCUGCCGGCUCUACAUAUCGCGGCGCGAAAUGACGACACGCGCACCGCUGCCGUACUCCUCCAGAACGACCCAAACCCAGAUGUCCUCAGCAAAACCGGAUUUACCCCUCUCCACAUCGCAGCUCAUUAUGAGAAUCUCAGCGUCGCGCAGCUUUUGUUAAACAGAGGAGCCAAUGUGAACUUCACACCCAAGAAUGGCAUCACUCCAUUACAUAUCGCUUCCAGGAGAGGGAAUGUGAUUAUGGUGCGGCUGCUGUUGGACAGAGGAGCUCAGAUUGAUGCCAAGACGAAGGAUGAGCUGACGCCUCUGCAUUGUGCGGCCCGUAACGGUCAUGUUCGUGUGGUGGAGAUCCUGCUUGACCAGGGAGCACCUCUUCAGGCCAAAACCAAGAACGGUCUCUCUCCCAUCCACAUGGCAGCGCAGGGCGAUCACAUGGAUUGUGUGAGGCAGCUGCUGCAAUACAAUGCAGAGAUCGAUGACAUCACUCUGGACCACCUUACCCCACUGCAUGUUGCAGCACACUGUGGGCACCACCGCAUGGUCAAGGUGCUUCUGGACAAGGGGGCAAAAGCUAAUGCACGCGCUCUGAAUGGAUUUACACCAUUACACAUUGCCUGCAAGAAGAACCACAUGCGAUCCAUGGACCUUCUGUUGAAGCACUCGGCAUCUCUAGAGGCUGUGACUGAGUCGGGUCUGACCCCCCUUCAUGUAGCUGCGUUCAUGGGUCAUCUCAACAUUGUGAAGAGUCUCCUUCAGAGAGGAGCUUCGCCCAACGCAUCUAAUGUGAAAGUGGAGACCCCCCUGCACAUGGCUGCCAGAGCGGGGCAUUGUGAAGUGGCUCAAUUCCUGCUACAGAACAAUGCACAGGUGGAUGCCAAAGCCAAGGAUGAUCAGACCCCCUUGCACUGUGCCGCUCGAAUGGGACAUAAGGAGUUGGUGAAGCUGCUCAUGGAACAUAAGGCCAAUCCAGAUUCAGCCACCACGGCAGGCCACACUCCUUUGCACAUCGCUGCCCGCGAGGGACAUGCUCAAACCACACGCAUUCUGCUUGACGGAAAUGCACAACAAACCAAAAUGACCAAGAAAGGAUUUACCCCUCUACAUGUAGCAUGUAAAUAUGGAAAAGUGGAUGUGGCAGAGCUGCUUUUGGAAAGAGGGGCCAAUCCCAAUGCAGCCGGAAAGAAUGGUUUGACCCCUUUGCACGUGGCCGUCCAUCACAACAACCUUGAUGUAGUCAAGCUGCUGGUCAGCAAGGGUGGCUCUCCGCACAGCACGGCGAGAAACGGCUACACAGCCCUGCAUAUCGCAGCCAAGCAGAACCAACUAGAGGUGGCGAGCAGUUUGCUGCAGUAUGGAGCUAAUGCCAACUCAGAGUCACUACAGGGCAUCACCCCGCUUCAUUUGGCAUCACAGGAGGGACAACCUGACAUGGUGGCACUGCUCAUCUCCAAACAGGCCAAUGUUAACCUAGGCAACAAGAAUGGGCUGACGCCUCUGCACCUGGUUGCUCAGGAAGGGCAUGUGGGCAUUGCAGACAUGCUGGUGAAGCAGGGUGCUUCAGUCUAUGCAGCCUCAAGGAUGGGCUACACACCCUUACAUGUUGGGUGCCAUUACGGGAAUAUAAAGAUGGUGAAGUUCUUACUCCAGCAGCAAGCACACGCAAACAGCAAGACUAGAUUGGGAUACACUCCUCUACAUCAAGCAGCCCAGCAGGGGCACACAGACAUCGUCACCCUGCUGUUGAAACAUGGAGCUCUACCCAAUGAGAUCACCACUAAUGGGACGUCACCUUUGGGUAUCGCUAAGCGACUAGGCUACAUCUCUGUCAUUGAUGUGCUCAAACUGGUGACUGAAGAAUCCGUAUCAAUGAUCACCACAGAGAAGCAUCGCAUGAGUUUCCCAGAGACAGUGGAUGAAAUACUGGAUGUAUCUGAAGAUGAAGGAGUUGCUCAGCUAACAUUAGGUGAUGAACUCCUCGGGAUGGACGGGGCUCGCUAUUUGAAGCUGGAUGACCUGAAAGACCAGGAUGAUGAUUUUCUGUCGCCUAAGAAAACCCUGAGAGACUUUGAGAGCGGGAUGGGCACCACACCGUACUCACCUGCAAUUCCUAGAAUUCCAUGCGUGUCACCUGAAACUGUCAUGUUGGACCAGCACACACCUGUCCCUUUGCCAAAGGAGUAUGACGAGGACUCUCUAAUCCCCAGUAGUCCUGCCACAGAGACCUCAGACAACGUUAGCCCAGUGGCCAGCCCCAUCCACACUGGGUUUCUGGUCAGCUUCAUGGUGGAUGCGAGAGGCGGGUCAAUGAGGGGCAGCAGACAUAAUGGUCUGCGUGUGAUCAUCCCACCGCGCACCUGCGCUGCCCCGACACGCAUCACCUGCCGUCUGGUCAAACCACAGAAACUCACCACUCCUCCUCCUCUGGUGGAGGGAGAGGGACUUGCAUCUCGUAUUAUCUCUCUAGGGCCUUCCAGCAUGCAGUUUCUAGGGCCAGUGAUAGUGGAGAUCCCUCACUUUGCAUCACUGAGCCGAGGCGAUCGGGAACUGGUGGUUCUGCGAAGUGAGAACGGCUCGGUAUGGAAAGAGCAUCGGAAUCGCUAUGGCGAUGACGUUCUGGAGACCAUCCUCAAUGGAAUGGAUGAAGAUCUGGAAAGUCAGGAAGAGCUGGAGAAGAAAAGAAUCCGCCGCAUCAUCUCCACAGACUUCCCGCUCUACUUUGCUGUGGUGUCACGUGUCCGGCAAGAGAGCGAUCUCAUUGGUCCAGAGGGAGGUCAGCUGGCAAGUAAACUGGUGCCUCAGGUCCAGGCCAUUUUCCCUGACACAGCGGUCACUAAGAGGGUCCGACUAGGCCUACAGGCCCAGCCAAUCCCCGAUGAGCUGCUGACUCGGCAGUUAGGAAACCAGGCCACAUUCAGUCCCGUUGUGACAGUAGAGCCUCGUCGGCGCAAAUUCCACCGCCCAAUCGGUCUGCGCAUCCCAUUACCUCCAUCCUGGAGGGAGAGUCCACGCGAUGCUGGAGAGGGGGACACCACCAGCCUCCGCCUCCUCUGCAGUGUUAUUGGUGGCACUGCUCCUGCUCAGUGGGAAGACAUCACUGGCACUACCAAGCUCAUGUAUUCCCACAACUGUGCCAACUUCACCACCAAUGUGUCCGCAAGGUUCUGGCUGGCAGACUGUCCACGAACGGCGGAGGCCGUGACCUUCGCCAACCUGCUGUACCGUGAGCUGAUGUCAGUUCCAUACAUGGCCAAAUUUGUGGUAUUUGCUAAGAUGAACGAUGCCAGAGAGGGCCGCCUGCGCUGUUACUGCAUGACUGACGACAAAAUAGACAAAACCCUUGAACUGCACGAGAACUUCUCUGAGGUUGCCCGCAGCAGAGACAUUGAGGUGAUGGAGGGGAUGCCGCUGCACUUGGAGUGUUCCGGAAACCUGGUGCCCGUCAGGAAAGCCACCCAGCAACCUCGUAGCUUCAGCUUCCAGGCCUUUAGAGACAACCGGCUGCCUGUCUCUGUAAAGGUGAGAGAUGCUAAUAAGGAAGCCAGUGGGUUCCUGUCCUUCCUACGCAAGUCCACUAAGUAUGAGGACACGCAGCACGUCCUGUGCAACCUCAACAUCACCAUGCCUCCCUGCGUCAAGGUGGUGGGUAGUGAUGAUCGGCGGAGGACGUUGACUCCUCUGGCCCUGAGGGAGAGGUACAGCGCCCUGAGUGAACCCGGCCUGGCCGCUGUUAAUGCUAUGGAGAGAACCGAGCUGAAGAUCACAGUAAUAGCAGAGCAGCUGGGACUGAGCUGGACCGAGCUGGCCAGGGAGCUGCAGUUCGGUGUGGAUGACAUUAACCGCAUCCGUGUGGAGAAUCCCAACUCUCUCCUGGACCAGAGUUCAGCUCUGCUCAACCUGUGGGUCGGCCGAGAGGGCAAGAAGGCCAAAAUGGAGAGUCUUUAUGGAGCGCUGAAGAACAUCGACCGCUCAGAUAUCGUGAAGUGUCUGGAGGCGCAGGCUCCGCCGGUGCUACCGGAGACCCUGGAGGAAGGAGCUUGUAGACUGGUUGAUCGAGACUCCACUCUGCUUUCUCCUAGUGUCAUCAACGGUUACGGGCUGGUGCAGGAGGAGCUGCUCUCCCCCGCUUCCAUGCAGUAUAGCCUGCCUUCUCCGCUGGGCGUCGAGCCCUAUUGGCAGGAGGUAUCGAGCCUGGAGUGUGCACCCAUCGCCACCACUGAGGAGGACACCAUGUUGGAGAUGUCAGACGUGCAGGUAUGGCCAGCGGGGGUCAGUCCGUCCCUUGUGACCGUCGAAGACUCCUCACUGGAUGGUAGCAGUCGUGCAGAUGACUCAGAAGGCAACACAUUGAGCCUACCCUGCAGCAGUUUGGGGAGGCCUAGCAGCGGAGCCAGUGGGGCAAGUGGCUCCAUUAUGGAGCUGGAGGAGGAGGACGAGGAAGAGGAGAUUGAGGAAGAUGACAUACAGCAUGAGCCGGUGUCUGCAAGUGCAGAAAAAGCAUGGGCCAGCGGUGCCGUCCCAAAGGCCAACUAUAAUGGGCAGGCUGGAGGUCAGAGGUCGGAGGGCAAGAGGACAGAUGUGGCGGCGGGCAGCAGUAUGACAAGUGUAGCUAGAGGAGGAGGAAAGGGUGGAAAAGGGGCAAGUUCAGAGGAAAAGUUUUCUGUUCUUACAGGGCAGCAGCUCUAUGCUCAGUUGUGCGAGAGAACCGGACUGACCCGAUCCCUAGAACACAAUGGGGACAGGCUCGGCAGCGGCGCCUUCCAGCCUUACUCGCAGGAGAAAGACUCCCUCCACAGCUGGUCUCAACCCAAACCCAGGCAAACCAUGGAGACCAUGAUGUCAUCAUCCCCGGACCACAAUCAGUCACGUGUAGCACAGGAGGCCCUUCUUACACCGGUAUGUGAUACAGGCCAUUCGGAGGUCCUGCGGGGGCGUCUACUGGGCACUCAGCCCUUUGAGAAAGGGCUGGGAUUCUCCCAUCAGGAGGGGGAAUUACGGGCAUGGGACCAGGAAAGACGGAAGGCACAGAAGGAUGAUCCAGUAGAUCUCAGCAGUGAUCUUCUACAGGAAGAGCAGUUCACUGAUGAGCAUGGCAAUGUUGUGACCAAGGGUCGAACAUCCACUGCCAAAUCAUCCUUCACCUACGCACGACUGGGAAAUCGGACAAGACACAGAGCGAUGAGGGGAAAAAACCACAUGCAGAGAAAGAAAAACACAUCGCAGCCAAAUCCAACAGUCAAGCAACCGCAGAGGGUUACCGGAAAACAACAAGGAGAAGGAGUUCUCUACCUGUAGUUUUUUAACAUUUUAACAGAAGAAAAAAAAACGUAUUACUAGCAUAGGGCAUGAACUUUUUGUACAAAAUGUGAAGAAAAACACCAACAAAAAAAGCAACAAAAGUGCUUCCUGUCAACUGUAAACGCAUGACUGACUGCUGGUGCAUGACCUAUGAGCUGUCAUUAUCUAAAAAACUGAAGGGGUACAAGGUAAAGGGCCGUUCCAUGAGGGGAACCUUUUAUCCUGACUCAUUAAAAAAGAGGUCUCGGAAACAAAACAGCCCCAAAAAAAAGCAACAGUUCUUUAUUUUGUUAAACAGAUUGACAUUACACAGCAGCAUAGUGGAUGCUAAGCCCGUCUCGUCAUUUCCCACAGGCCCUUUAUCCUGUUAUUUAAUGUGAUAUAUGCACUCUGCUACGUGAAUGUGCGUCGGUGUGUGUGCGUGUGUGUUGGUAUCUAACGCAUGUGUACUUGCUUCUGGCUUGGUACUGAGCUUUUUUUUUUCUGGAUCGGUCAUUUGGUAUUCGCCAUGGGAAUGACAACAGGCCCCUGUGCUCUCCUGCUUGUGAGCGUCCGCGUGCAUUUAUUUCCACUUUGUGAAGCGUAUCCGUGUUCCUUUGAACUGUCAGCCAUUUUGCUUUUAUAUCUCUGGUUUUGAAUUUAAAGGCCCCCCUCUGUUCAAAUCCAAACUGAUUUGUUUGUUGGAGGUUGCGUAGCUUUGUAUGUACAACACCCAAAAUGGAGGGCACAUGCUUUAUAUGUCUGACAGUUCACGACUCUAACCUCCGACCUUCCAACCAUUCAUCCAUCCACAUUUGUAGCUCAGCUGCUCUACUAAAACCGCCAUGUCGGACCGUUUUCCAGAGACAAAUGUAGCAUUGCAUGCUGGUUAACACUGCUUUUCAUGCUGUUCUCUUGGGCCCACACUGGGCCCAGACGUUUUUAUUUAUUAUUUUAUAUUAUCAAUCAAGCUGUGCUGGUGAAAAAAACAUGAUUGUAGCGGUGACUUGUGGGGCUUGGGGACUAUCUCUGAGUAACUGCCUUUGUAAUGUUUGGGAUUUCAGAUGGAGUUAUGCGUAGUAAGUAUUUUGAUGAUGCUCUUCGUUUAUUCUCUUUUUCUUUUUCGUUUAGAUGUACAGUUAAAAAAGACAGAUAAAUACACAGACAGCACUGUGAAAGUCCACCUUAAAAUUGACCCCUGAACUGUGAACUCACAACUGUCUGUCUUACUUUUUGGCUUCAAAUGUCUCACUUUUACCAGUACCAACACAUACCAACAAGGUAACUAUGGAAAGCUUAAAGUACUUUUAUUGCAAUUUCAUUCCCAAUUAACAUCCUUCGCAUGCGUUUUUUUCCGCAUUCGUUACCGUUUUUAUUAUCACUAUGAAAGAGCCCAAACAUACACAAAAACUCUUGAAGUAUAGUCUACCAAAGCAAUAAUAUCAAACGUGCUGCAACAGUUGGAAUACUGCGUUGUUGUCGGUAUGUGUGCGCGUGUUUUUCCGUCUACGAGCGCUUGUGUGUUCAGUAUAUACUGUAUUAACCCGUCAUUUUAGUAGCAUUUGUAAGACGUAUACGAUUCAAGAGAUAUAACAGCAUGCAUGAGUAUUUCACACCGUAUGCAAUUACAUGAUCUACAUGCCAACUUGAGUUCACUGAACGGUAGCUGUUUCACUUUAAUGGACAAGGUUUCUUUGAACGGCAUAAUGAUAUCAGGUACGGUGCUCAGCAUUUAAUCUCAGCACAGUAGCUUACAUAAUCAUGAGCACACCGUGAUAUACUGGCUCACGCAUUCGUGUAGUUUAAGUUGAGGGAUGUCAAUGAAUGAAUGACUCUGUGAAUGACUGACUUUGUGAAUAAAUGAAUAAACCUGUCCUCCAAAUGAAAAAAUAUUUAAGGAAUGCAUGGACAAUUGGACGAAUGACAAUGAUUGUACUUUCGUAUUUAAAAAAGAAACGUUUAAUCAGAACCUAGUGUUUUUGUUUAGUCAAUUAAAUGGUGUGCUUUGUGAGACUGCACACGUCCCUUCUCACCAACACAUUAAAACCCUCAUUCUGCCUCACUGUAUAUUGUUUUUUACAGUUCACUCAGGUUUGGGUUGACGGAUUAUUUCUCUUCCAUGAUUCUAGUUAAUGCAUACUUAGCAGUCAAUUCUGUGUCCAUUCAAAGGAGUCUAAAGCCUAAAGUAUACUUUUCUUUUUGUAUGCGUACAUUAUUGUUUGAACACAUAUUAACGCACAGCUUAUCAAGGGCCCAUUCUUUAGUUUAGCCUUUAGAGGAAUUCUCAUGUGGUCUCCCGGUUGGGUCAAAGUAUACUCCAUAGUGUUUGCAAUCACAAACACUUAACUUAUGCACAUUAGAAAAACCCAAUCUUAAAUGGCACACUUUAUGUGCACUUGUGGUUUUGCAGACUUACAACAGCCACUUUGUUUGUGUCCAUGAAGUCCUCAAGACCAUAGAUCCUCAUUCAUUAUCUUAGCUUUUAGAAGAAUGCAUGUAUACAUGGUACAUCCCCUUUGUGACCACUAUGUAUCUUGAAUGUACACUUGUACCUAGACUAGGGGUGCCCAAACUCGGGCCUGGAGGGCUGGUGUCCUGCAGAUUUUAGCUCCAACUUGCCUCAACACACCUCCACAGAUGUUUCCAGAAAGCCUAGUAAGAGCUUGAUUAGCUAGCCCGGGUUUGUCUGAUAAUGGAUGGAACUAAACUUUGCAGGACACAGGCACCUCUGACCUAGACCAUACUAAGAUGCAUUUCCUAACUUGUGCAAACACUGACCCAUUGGGUCCAUAAGUCUGUCCAGUUCAUCAUUUAACUUUUCAGAAGUGUGCUUGUUAGUCUUUUGUAGCCACCCUUGAUGCGCAUUACCGCCAAGGCCAUAUUUCUACACCACAUUAAAAGCCGCAUUAUGUCCAAAGUAGUGUGUACUGAGAGGAAAACCACAAGGGUUCAAUGUGCCCUUUGGGAUAUGGCAUAAGUAUACUCCAUAGGAUAUUGUGCAUGUUCACAGGUGCUCAAAACAUGUGCUUUAGAAAGGCCUGGUCCCAAAUGGCACUCUUUAUGUGCUCUUGCACUCUUACAGACUUAGAAGACCAUAGCGUUAUUUUAACCUUCAGAUAAGUUUACUUGUGAAUUAGUGAACUUACAGUGGCUACCAUGUGCAUGUGUCCAUUGAGUCCACAAGACCAUAGGUUGUCGCCUUUGUGGCCACUAUGCACCCUGAAUGUAUACUUUUACCUAGACAAUACUAAGACCCAAUCCCUAAUGUGCACUUGUGCAAACACUGGUCUAUUGGGUUCAUAAGUCUGUCCUGUUCAUCAUUUUACCGUUCAGAAGUGUGCUUGUUAGUCCGUUGUGGCCACCCUUGAUGUGCAUUUCCACCAAGGCCAUAUUUCUACCCAACAUUCAAAACAGCAUUAUGUCCAAAGUAGUGUGUACUGAGAGGAAAACCACAAGGGUUUAAUGUGCCCUUUGGGAUAUGGCCUAUAAGUAUACUCCAUAGAAUAUGAAUGUUUACAGACACUCAAAACAUGUGCUGUAGAAAGGCCUGAUCCCAAGUACCAUUUUUCGUGUGCACUUGCACUCUUUGAAGACCAUAGCAUUAUGUUAACCUUCAGAUAAAUGAUCAGAUCCAUGAGCACGUGUCCAUUAAGUUCACAAGACCAUAGGUUGUCACAUUAGCAGUUUUAACUUUCAGAAGCAUGCUUGCCUACACCUCCUUUGUGGACACUAUGCACUCUCAAUAUACACUUUUACCAAAACCACAAUGAGACACAAUUCCAAAUGGCAUACCUGAUGUGCAAUUGCCCGCUAGCAAACUUAAAAUGGCUGCCACAUUGACACAUUGGGUAAAUCAAGGGUGUCCAAACUCUGUUCUGGAGGGUCGGUGUUCUGCACAGUUUAGUUCCAACUUGCUUUAACACACCUGCCUGGAAGUUUUUAGUACAGUGUUUCUCAACCACAUUACUGGAGGACCACCAUCUCUGCACAUUUUCCAUGUCUCCUUAACCAAACACACCUGAUUCAGAUCAUCAGCUCAUUAGCAGAGAGUAAAGCUGUGGUCACAUUAGAGUUUGAGCUUGCGAAAUCCUAUCGUACAGCGCUGCGAAAAGGGGCGGGAUUAAACAAGAUUAUUAGACAUUUUAAAAAGCGAGCGAUUGGUCCAUAUUUUAUAUUUCUGUAGAGAGGUCAUGUUUUGAUCCUCGAUUGGUCUCACGCUAUCAAGUGAUGCGAUUUCUCAGGUUAGAGUUCACCAAGCUUGAACUUUGCACUGCAGUAACCUGCAAAACUUGACGCAUGACCUUGCGUUUCUGGUCAGAUGCAUUCACGUGCGUAUGAAUGGAAGUGUAUGGGGAGAAAACUCCAGUGUGACCGCAGCUUAAAAGCCCUGUAAUGCGUGUGAGACAAAGGAGACAUCCAAAACAUGUAGUGUUGGUGGUCCUCCAGGAACGUGAUUAAGAAACACUGUUCUAGUACAACUUGAAAGAGCUUGAUUAGCUGGUUCAGGUGUGUUUAAUUGGGGUGGAACUAAAUUAGCAGGACACCGGCGCUCCAGGACCGAGUAUGGACACCCCUGGGUUAAGUACACAAAAUGUCCCCUUGGAGCACACUUCUCCAAGUCUCUACAUUAGGGGUGUCCCAACUCGAUCCUGGAGGGCCGGUGUCCUGGAGUGUUUAGCUCCAACCCUAAUCAAACACCUACACCAGCUACACAAGCUCUUAUAUACCAGAAGCUUCCUGGCAGGUGUGUUGAAGCAAGUUGGAGCUAAACUCAGAAGGACAGUGGCCCUCCAAGAUCGAGUUUGGACACUUCCGCUUUACAGAGUAAACUUUAGCCCAACAAUCAAAGUGGUUUAUAUCAUGGAAGUUUGGACCUUGAGGGUUUAGAAUGCAAUUUGAGUUUGGGCCAAAGUAUGCAUCAAUUGAUCCUGUGUGUGUUCACAGUGACUCAAUAAGUGCACUCUAGAAAGACCUAAAUCGUUUACUUGCAGUGCCAUUUGGGAUCGGACCAAAGUAUUCAUCUUAAUCCAGUGUCUGUUUUUUUUUUCUUUCAAAAUGUUGCCUGAUGAGAUUUCCUUUGUUCUUCCUAAGAGUUGUGAAUACCCUUUGUUUUCCUUACGAACGCAUUCAUCUACAUGGGCAUCUGUUUUUGCCAUUUACAUUAUUUUUGUCCCCUCACCAGUUUUGACACCUUGUGGACAAACUAAGUAGUGCAAAAGCUAUUCAAAGUGCAUACAUGAGCUGGGUGUACGUUGUUGCAAAAAUACCACACAUGAAUUCUUUGCUGAUGAUGAAACUUGCCUCACUACACACUAUUCAUACUCUAGUGUACCUGUAAAAAGUGAAAUAUACUUUGGGCUUAAGGAUCGUCAGGGGCGUUGGGAGGUGGGGUGGGGAAGUGACCUCAACAUGAAGAACAUAGAUACAUGUUCGAUAUAUUAUCGCUGCUGUAAUUGUUGACUGAGACACAAAAUUCCUGAAAACAAAGGGGGAAAGGAAGAGAUUUUUUAUUUGUGUUAUUAUUGUUUGGUUGAAGGAACGAAACGGUUUAACAUUGCAAUCAUUAUGUAUUAAAAAAAGAGUUUAUGUACAAUGUUUAACUGUUGCAAAAAUCUAGACUUCACCUAUACUCCUUUAGAAUGGAUUAAUGACAAUAUAAACGCAAUAUCAUAUUACUCUGUACUAAGGAAUGCAACUGCGCACAUGCACAGAAAAAAAAGAUGUUUUUAAUAAAGAAUAUAUGUAUAAAUAUAUGACAAACUAUAUUUAAUUAGAAUGCUAUGCACCCUUAUUAGAGUUGUUAUGGAUGUACUUUAAGUAUAUUAGUUAGAUUCCAGUAAUACCAACAUGCCCAUGUCAUGGGGAAUGUAAAGGCUUUGUAGCUAUUUCAACAUGUUUUCAUUUAUUUUGUUUUUUUAUUGUAACGGAAAAAAGGAAACACGGACAUUGAAUAUGUAUACAAGCCUUUUAUUCAGAUUCAUUCUGAUAUGAAGAUAUGUAUAGACCAUUUACCCUGCACACCAGCUCAGACCAUUUACAAAAGUUAAUAAAGAAAGAUGUGACAUAUUGUGA